AUGGUCGUCCCUACCUUACGGUUAUUGGCGACUGUCCUUGACCGUGAAAGCGCUCUCCGCCUCAACCUUACCCAAGCAAAGAUCGUGCAAGGCUCUGGCCCGAACAUGAGUAACCCUCCUGAUCGUCGAUUUCAGCAUACCCUACGUACCAAUGGUUCGGUUCCGCUGCUGGCUUCUUGGAUGUGCCGUCCGCACGAAGCUCGCUUACUUAAGGAGUGGAGUCUAACCCAUACUAGCAAUGACUUUACGCCUCCGGACUACCAAAAGUCGGCGGUAGAAAACUAUCUUGCCCACCGCAACGAUAAGAGCACACCGUACUGCACCGCCAAUGCCAACGCUUCGAAUAUUGGAGAAAAUGGCGGCCUCUGCGAUAUUGCUGAGCGGGGCUGA